AACAGAGGAACAGAGCGAGACAGAGACACGCAGAGAGAGAGAGAGAGAGAAACGAUCUGAUCUCAUUUCAUUUCCUCGUUCUCUUCUGCUACGAGGGAAAUUUAAUUGCUUUCCACUUUGAAUUCCUCCAUUUACUCAUCCAGAGAGAGAGAGAUUUAAUAUACAGCUUACACGCUACUUGGCUCCCUCAGAAAUUUCAAAACUAGAGAGAGAUAGAGAGGUAGAGAGAGAGAGAGAAAGAGAAAAACGAUGUUUGCGGCGGAGAACGGGCUGAAAGGAGAUCCAAGGCUUGAGGCUAUAUCAGCAGCCAUUAGAGUUGUUCCUAAUUUCCCCAAGAAUGGUAUCAUGUUUCAGGACAUAACAACGUUGUUGCUGGAUCACAAGGCGUUUAAACAUACAGUUGAUAUCUUUGUCGAUCGCUACAAAGACAUGCAAAUCUCUGUCGUUGCUGGAGUUGAAGCAAGAGGGUUCAUGUUCGGUCCCUCCAUUGCACUAGCCAUCGGCGCAAAGUUUGUCCCUUUGCGUAAACCAGGAAAAUUACCAGGGAAAGUGAUAUCGGAGUCUUAUGAGCUCGAGUAUGGACAUGACCGUUUAGAAAUGCAUGUGGACGCCGUUGAGCCACGAGAACGUGUCAUUAUCAUCGACGAUCUCGUCGCUACUGGUGGGACACUCUCCGCCGCCAUUAGCCUUAUGGAAAGCCAGGGAGCUGUAGUUGUGGAAUGUGCUUGUGUAAUUGGCUUGCCUGAAGUCAAGGGGCAACACAAGCUGAAAGGGAAGCCGCUCUAUGUGCUGGUGGAGCCUAGUGGAAUAGAUGGAUUCUGUUAGGAUACAACCCGGUUCAUUCCGGUUCGUUUUUUUCCUGCAGAGUUCCAUGUUCUUUAAAUUCUUAGGGUUUAUCUUCUUGCAUUCUCUCUCUCUCUCUCUCUCCCCCAUUUUCUCUCUCUCUCUCUCUCUCUCUCUCUCUCUCUCUCUCUCUCUCUUUUCUGUAGAUUUUGAAUUUUUCAGUCUUUUUUCUGUGAGGGUUAGGACAAUGUGUACUUUCCACGGCAGUGGUUGGUAAAAACCGGGAAAUUAAAACGUCUUUCAGUCGCCGAUUUGGUGAACCGAUUUUUCUGAUGGAUCAUUAACCUAUCUUAAUCAAUUAUGAUCAUAUAGUGAAUACAAUCAUUAAACAAGUUAAGCUACGUCCCCAAAUUAUGCGUGAAACCUGCAAAAAAGGUACUAG